GGACAGGACAGGACAGGACAGGACAGCUUAGAGAUAGGGCCCGGAACUGCGGGCGUCACUCUGCUCCUGCGACCUAGCCAGGCGUGAGGGAGUGGCAGCCGCGCACUCGCAGGACGACAGCGAUGGCUGAGAACGCGCACCAGGUCGCCUUAGACUCGCCAGGUCGCCUUGGACUUAGAUGGGACCGGGAGGCCUCGCGGGAGCGCCCCACUUCCCACCCACCUGGUUGGACUUUUAUUACGUUGCCAUGGAUUUUGGAGGUCAUGGGCUCUCGUCCCAUUACGGCCCAGGUGUCCCAUAUUACCUCCAGACUUUUGUGAGUGAGAUCCGGAGGGUUGUGGCAGGUGGCAUCGUGGGUGCAACGUUUUCCUGUACAUUCCCCGAGAUGGUGGAUAAACUUAUCUUGCUGGACGCGCCGCUAUUUCUCCUGGAAUCAAAUGAAAUGGAGAACUUGCUGAGAUACAAGCGGAGGACCAUAGAGCAUGUGCUGCAGGUAGAGGCCUCCCAGGAGCCCUCGUGCACGUUCAGCCUGAAGCAGCUGCUGCAGAGGUUACUGAAGAGCAAUAGCCACUUGAGUGAGGAUUGCGGGGAGCUCCUCCUGCAAAGAGGAACCAAGAAGGUGGCCACAGGUCUGGUUCUGAACAGAGACCAGAGGCUCUCCUGGGUAGAGAACAACAUUGACUUCAUCAGCAGGGAGCUGUAUGCGUAUUCCAUCAGGAAGCUGCAGGCCCACGUGCUGUUUAUCAAAGCAGUCCACGGAUAUUUUGAUUCAAGAGAGAAUUACUCUGUGGAGUCUCUGCCGUUCAUGAUAGACACGAUGAAAUCCACCCUGAAAGAGCGGUUCCAGUUUGUGGAGGUCCCAGGCAAUCACUGUGUCCACAUGAGCGAACCCCAGCACGUGGCCAGUAUCAUCCACUCCUUCUUACAGUGCACACACACGCUCCCAGCCCAGCUGCAGCUCUGGGCCUGGAACUAUGAAGACCUAGUGCUCCCAGACUCAACACUGGGACUCUGAGUUCCUCAGCCCCACAACAAGGCCAGGAGUGGUGGGGACAGGCCUCACUGGUCUUCAGGCCCAGCCCAGGAUGGUAGUCAGGGGAAGGAGCGAGAUUCCAACUUCAACAUCUGUGGCCUCAAUGGGG